AUGGCUGCCGCGCAGGCCGUCAGCGCCGUCUUGCCUCAGCAAUCCUUGGCGUUCACGGCCGAUGUCACGCUCGUCAUCAAUGCUGACCGCAACAAGACUGAUGACAAGGCUCUGGGCGUUGCUGGGGAUCGUCUGGUGCUCGUCUCGCCACGGCCACCCUUUAAGAUCGAUACCGAGAUUAACGUCCUGGAUCUGACUCGUUUGGACAUCUUGUCCGACGAUCAGAGCUUGGUGAUUGAGAGCACCACUUCCUCACCGCUUCGCCUCCGUGGCCUUGAACAAGAUGCCCCGGCCCUUGCAGCCAUCCUCUACGAUGCUCUCCGCAACAUCUACCUCGUUGGCGAUGUUCGCUGUGUUUUCUCCUGCCCACUUCAGGUUCAGCCACCGGCCGAUCAAGAUGUGUCGCAGCGCCAGGACGUCGACUGUGCCGCUUUUUUGCCCGCUUACCAGCACGCGUGCAAAUAUCAUGGGCUGACGCCGCAGCAGCUCACGGUCCAAAAAAUUGUGGGCCGAUACCAAGCCUCGCGCACUCGUACUCUGGAUGGCCUGGACUUUAUGGCCAUGUCACUCACGAGCUCUCCCGCCAUCGUCACGGCCUUGCACGUUAACCCGUGGUUCACCACACUCAAGCUGAAUGACCUCAAGAUGAGCCCAGCGACGCUGGAUAGCCUGGCCAUGCUUGCCCUCCGCAACAACACGCUGCAAACCAUCGAGAUGCGCAACCUCAGCUCCGCCGACAGCAAAUUCUGGGGCAAAUUCCUCGGAAACCUCAAGAACAACCCGCGCCUCAGCAUUCAAGACUUUGACUUUUCUCAGAACAAUCUGGGUGACCCCUUGGUCACAGCCUUUGCUGAUAGCGCACGCACCUUUGUCUUGGGUGUGCGGCGUUUGCGCAUGGUCAACGUUUCCAUGUCCACGAAGGGGGCCAUGGUCUUGGCGAUUGCACUCCGCAAGAAUCCAUCUUCCGCAUCUGGUCUCCAGCUGAUUGACAUUAGCGAAAAUCCCACCAUUGGCCACGAGGGUGUUAUUGGCCUGAUUGACAUGCUGUUGCAGGCCAACAUACUGCAGUCAGUCAACGUCAACAACACGGGUGCCGUGGUUGAAUCCAUUCUCAUGACCAUGGCCAAGGCCAUUUGCACCCACCUCACCCACCUCGAUUUGGGUAACAAUAAAUUUGCCAGCAAGAAAGCAGGUCGUCCUCAACCUCAGCUGGUCAAAUUUCUCGAGCAUGCGCCCGUCAUUCAGAGCCUCUGCCUCAAUGGCGUUAAGCUGCCUUCCGUGGCGCUCAAGUUUCUUCUUGAUAGCCUGAGCGUCAACGUUCUCCUCACCAACUUGGAAUUAGGAUUGGCGAAUUGUGACUUGGGGGUUUCCGAGUCAGCCUCGGUCAUCCACAUGGCACUGCCCAAGUUGACCACAAUCGGCAAGCUGGACUUUAGCCAGAAUGAAUUCAGCGACGAUGACAUGGCCAAAAUCAUCGGAGCCGCCGCCGCCAACAGCGCGACACUCAACAGUCUUGUUCUGGACGAGAAUCUGAGCCGGGCUCGCACCUCGCAGCGCUCGAUGCUUGCCCUCCGCUCCCUCUUCGAAGGCAGCUAUAAGGGCCUCCGCCACCUGAGUCUGAAGGACAUGAAGCUGAAGCAGGAUUUGGUGAAUCUGUUUCCUAGCCUCAGCGAGAACACCUCGAUUGAGCAUCUGGACAUUCGGGGCAACCAUGUUGGAGACGCGGGCGCCUCUGCCCUUGCCGUCACGCUCAACUACAACAAGGCGCUUCGACGCAUUGAUCUGGAUGACAAUGGCAUCUCGCACAUUGGGUUUAUGGAGUUGGCCAAUGCGCUGGAGAACAAUGUCGUAAUGCAGGAUUUGCCCAUGCCGCUCCUGGAUAUCACGGCCAGCAUGAGCCGCAAUCAAGCCGAGACCGUCGCUGCUGUACAUCGAAUUCAGCUGGCUCUGGCCCGUAACCAUUCCCCUGCCCGCCAAAUGAUUGGACAGGUUACGGUCGAUCCAGAAGAGGCAGGUGCACAGGACGAGCGUUGGUUGCACUCCUUGGUCGAAGCCCUGCAAUCCACGGCCUCAUUUGCACCAGAGGACCGCAUUGCCGGGGACGAGGCGCUUUUGCGGGCCCAGAAAGCGGUCCAAGCCACGCGUGCCGGCGUUGAGCGGCAGGCCUCUCUUCUCAAAGCUCAAGAGGCUCUGGUUGCAGAGCAGGCAUCCUCGCUGGCUCGUGGCUUGGAGUCAGUGCUCGUACAAGCCCUCGAGAAGAACACGGGUGAGAUUGUGGCGCUUCUCGCGGCAGAGAGUGGGACUGAUCCUGCAGUGCUGCGCCAAGCUGCACACUACCAGCAUGCCGACAUCUGUCGUCGCCUUGUGACCGAGGUCAUCGAGGAGGGCGUGCGCCCAACCCUCACUGCCGCACUAGGCCAGCAGCUUGAAACCUUCACGCAAAAGGCCAUUUUGGAGAUCCUGGGUGCGGCCGGUCAAGAAGUGAGCCGCGUGUUGGACGCCCGCAAGACUGGCACUGCCUUGGCCGCCCGUGCAGCGCACACCAAAGCCUCUCCCGCUAAAGAGGCCCCACCGCCAAGCGCAGCCAAGCCUACAGAGGCCAAGGCUUCGCCUACACCGGCUCGCCGGGCGCGUGCAGCUGACGCGGCUCUGAAAGCCAAGCAGCGUGUCUCCACGCUUCAGGACUCGCAGACAUCCGAAACACCGGAAGUAUCGCGCAGUGCCGUGCUUGUGAGCACGAGCGCCGACCCCGACGACGUUGAAGAAGGUGGCAUUGAUAUCGACGCUGGCCCUGCCGCCGCGGGGGCAGCAAAUGCAGGCCCAAGCUUGACACACCACACCAAGGGCCGACCCAAAGUGCAGGGAAAGCGGCCACCAACGCGCAAGCCACGGUCCAAUGCAUCAUCACGCCAUGCCAGUACCACGCCCUCAUUGAGUGCUUCAAUUUUUGCUGCUACGUCACCCACCCCUGCCCCACGUGCCGCCCCACGUGUGCAGAAGGAAGACGAGGUCGAGGCAUCCAGUCCGGCCGAGCCCAAAGAAUCGAAUGGAGGCAGCGACGCUGGUGAAACCUCGAGCCCCAGUAAAGACGUCAAGGACGUCAAGGGGGGCAAGCGCCUGCUAGGUGGCCUGUUUCGCCGACGCAGCAAGGAUCUUUUGGCUGGAUCAGAAGAAGUUGCUGUUGAUGACGCAGAAGAGGACCAAUCAGAGCCUCCCAAGGAGUCAGCGGUCGAUACGCCAGAAGCUGACGCUUCGGCCCCCGCGGAGAGGGCGGAGGACAAAAUGACCAAGGAAGACGGCGAGCGCGAGGCAAUUGUUCCCAAACCACGCCCCCGCCCACCCCCGCCAUCUGGUGCGCCACCACCUCAAGCUACGCCAGAGGCGGCACCCAAGGCCGAGCGAACCAAGCCUGUUGGCGGUGUGGCCAUGGGCUUUGUUCCUACCAAAGAUAUGCUUUCAAGAGUGCGGUCGGCAAGCGUGAAACGGCGUUCUGCUACAAGUUCCGAGGAAGCUGAUGCGAAUCAGGGCGCGGCGCAACAAGAGCCAACUUCUGAGCCGGUCAAGGUCUUGAAUGUGGCUGGGCUACCCCAAGGCGAGUCAACGGUUGACGAAGUAGCACCGGUACCGGUUGCCAAGCCCCGGCCAGAAGCACCAGCAAGUGAAGUCGCCAAGCCGAAGACAGAACCUGUUGAUGCCGAAGCACCAACAGCCGACUCUUCAGCAGCAGCCAAGCCGCCCGUGGUAGAGCCGCCGGCAGCCAAGCCGCCCGUGGUAGAGCCACCAGCAGCCAAGCCGCCCGUGGUAGAGCCGCCGGCAGCCAAGCCGCCCGUGGUAGAGCCACCAGCAGCCAAGCCGCCCGUGGUAGAGCCACCAGCAGCCAAGCCGCCCCUGGUGGAGCCACCAGCAGCCAAGCCGCCCGUGGUGGAGCCGCCAGCAGCCAAGCCGCCCGUGGUAGAGCCACCAGCAGCCAAGCCGCCCGUGGUAGAGCCACCAGCAGCCAAGCCGCCCCUGGUGGAGCCACCAGCAGCCAAGCCGCCCGUGGUGGAGCCACCAGCAGCCAAGCCGCCCGUGGUAGAGCCACCAGCAGCCAAGCCGCCCGUGGUCGAGCCCACGGCUACCCAGGGGGCCGAACUCGAGGCGAUCCCUGCCCCAGCGAAAAAUAUGGAUGAUACUUUGUCUGAAGAGACGUCUGACAAUGGAGUGACGGCAGAAGACGCAGCGCUGGCUGAGGACGAAGAACCUGCAGCGGCGGAUGUGGAGGAUGAGGAAAAUGAAGACGAUGAAAACGGUGAAGACGGUGAAGAUGACGAUGCUUGGGGUGAAGAGGAGCUGGCACUGGACGCCCCGGUACCCGAACCCGCGCCGCGUGGAGCUCAAGCAGCCGUUGCUGCCAUGGAAGGGGAUGCUCAAGCCGACGAAUCCGCCGCUGCGCCACCUCCGCCUCGACGUUCGUCGAGCCUUAGUCAGGCCAGCGUUCCUCGUGCAAAGCCACGACCAUCUGGCCCCGGGGUCGCACCCAAGGCCAAGCCUAAACCUCAGCCCCCAGCCCCUAAAGCCAAGGUCGCGCCGCCCGCACCAACGCCCAAGCCCAAGCCCAAGCCCACUCCAUAG